UCUACAAAGCCGAAACUUCCCCCAAAUUUUGGACACGCUGUGCUGCCUGCUGUAGUCAGAGUAGCAGGAAUCCUGCUGGUUUGCAGCUAUGACACUGAAGGUUUUAUCCAGCCUGCCAAAAGGGGUUAUUAGACUGCGCCAGCACCAGCUACUGGAAGCAAUGCUAAAGAAAGUAGUCAGCUCCCAUGACAUGGGGAAGGAAGUGCUGGAAGAGGCAGAGGAGACAUUAAAGAAUCUUCAGCGACUCCCCCAACCUGCUGCCCCCCAAGCAAAGCUCCUAGACUCUGGAUCAGUGUGGGUCAGCUGGGAGGGUCAUAGAGCAGAGAGUGGCUUCCCAGUUACAUACAGACUGUACGAUGGAGACAGGCUUCUGUACUGUGGCCCAUCCUGCUCCUUUCUAGCCCCUCAGGGCAAACUUGGCCAAGAGUAUCACCUGAAGGUUGUCAUGGAGACUGAAGUUGACCAGAGCCAAGACAGUCCUGUUUAUGUACUGUUGAUGGAAGAACCGAUUCCCAGCAGCCCGCAAGACUUCAAAGUGAUUGGCCGAACAGCAACACAAAUAAAGCUAUGCUGGUCCCCUCCAGUAGACUGUGGUGCCCCCAUAAAAUAUUACAUAGUGUAUCGCGAGGAUGUGGUUAUUGAGACAACCUCUGAGCUGAGUUGCAUAGCAGGAGGUCUAUCCCCAUGCACCAAUACACCUGCACGGUCUGCGCCAUCACCAGUGAAGGACGAUAUGAGAGCCGUCCAGUCAGCAAGCGCACUGCCAAAGAUGAAUACAUCGCACUUAGCAGAAGAGAUUCCAUCCUCUCAUGGACUACAGAAUCCAGCGAUGGUGCAGAAUGUUCAACCAAGCCCGAUUCUCAUGGUGAUGCCUUCAGUCCACGGCCAGAAGAAAAGAUCCAGCAGAGCAACAAGCGUGGCCCUGAGAGAUCUGCAUCCCAGGGGAAUGUCCGGUGCUCCCCUAAGCCUCACACCUGAGUCCCUCCUGCUGCAGCGGCCCAAGAUGGACAGUGAUCUCACAUGGCACCCACUGGCAAACGCUCAAGACCAGGGAAUGCGAGAGGAUCUGGGAGAAGAGAAUAAGGAUAUGAGCCCCAGGAAGGCAUUGCAGCCCAUAAGAGCAGAUCCGCUGCUCAGAUUUAGGCACAGGAACCAGACGCUUAAGGCUUGGGACAGUACCGGAUCUCUGAAGGCUGGAGAAGGAUUGCUGCACAGAUCUGGUGCUUCCACUACCAAUGAAGAAGAAAAGAGUCGCCUGAAACCGGCGUCUAAAAGUUUAAUGAGAAAAGAUGCACUCGUGUUCCGGGCGGCCGGGUUACUAAACAGCAGUCACCCAGCCUUCUCUCACCUCUCCUGGGAACCUAAUCAGCAGCAAAACUUGGGGAGAAAAUCAGUGAAGUCAAUCAAGGGCUACAGAAUACGAGAGUACCUCCCAAAAAAUAUUCAGAGGGGUACUUUGGCUUUAGUAGGAUAUCCAAGUACUGGAUUCUGCCCGCCCCUAGAUCAUCCAGUAGCAUGGAAGCCCUGA